AUUGAUUUAGAUAAGAUUAUUGACGUUAAUAUCUAUUGAGUUAAAUAAUGCUUUUAGUUUCGUAGUGGAUCUAUGUGAGUGGUGUAGUUAUGUGUUUCAUACAUUGAAUGUGUUUUGUUUUGGAAUAUGCAGUCCACAAUUAUGACAUUAGGAUGGAGUCUACUAGUAGUGUUCUGCGUUUCAAUUUUUAAUAAAAAUGUGGAUGCUCAAUUAAACUUCGACUUAAGGAAUGGCACGUACGAAAAAGAACUUAAAAUAGAAGUUAACUCCACAAAUGAAGUCAUAUUAUUAUUUCCAUCAGUAAAUACCAAGAAUCCGUUUAGGAUUCACACUUAUGCACCAAGGGCGACGAAAAACACACCCAUUUUGGUGAUGGUGAGACAGGAAAAGCAAGUGGCCUCCUGGCAGUUGCCGGCAUUGCUGGAGACCACGACGAGGGAUGACGAGAUAGCCUUCAAAAACGUUUCCAAAACUAUGUGCCACGACCGCAUGGAAAACAUUAUAAACCCAAGAAUUUCAAAUCGCAUGGUGGUGGCUAAUCAAAGUUUUAUCGUGGCUUUGUCGACCUCGAACUUCGUAAAUUCCACCGUUUAUGUUAAAGUAUCGGAGGAGAAGGACUUUUACGUAGAACUGAAUAAGGAUUACCAUCUGACCGUGUCCCCCACUGAACCGAAAUACGUCUAUUUCAGUUUCACGACGAAUGUUUCAGACACGAUUAUAAUUGAAGUGGACUCUGAGGAUGACGUGUGCUUCACAACAUCUGUACAGAACAGCAGCUGUCCCGUCCUGGACUCAAAUAAAGAAGUCACCUACGAAGGAUACUAUCAGACUGUGUCUAGGAAAGGUGCCCUUACAAUUCACCAGAGAAACUUCAACUUCGGUUUUUUCCUAGUGUUUGUGGUGAAGCCAGACAAUUAUGACUGUGGGCAAAUCAAAUCAGUUCUUCCACUCCAACCAAAAAUCUAUCGGAUGUCCUACGGCAACCGGACCUCGGAGAUCACAUUCAACAUCAAAAACAGCAUCAAUUAUAAAGAUUACUUCAACGCAUCCAUCGUAACUUUUUUCGUUUAUGUGGGAUUUGGACUAAUCAUUUUGCUGAUGACCCUCGCUUUCAACAAAUGGGGCACUUUAUCCACUAUGACUGAAACGAAGUUUGAUCAAGUUGAUGGCGAGUCGAUUGAUCAACUUAACCCCCAGUCCCAGGAAACAAUUAACUACUUAUUGAAGCAUAAUAAAAUCACGUUAAACGUUUUGGCUCAAUUUCCUAUCAAGGAUAAGCGCAGAUCAUUUAAUUACUUAUGGCACAUUUGUUCCAUAGCAAUUUUCUAUAGUAUUCCUGUAGUACAACUGGUUGUAACCUAUCAAAGAGUGGUAAACCGGACUGGAAACCAAGACAUGUGUUACUAUAACUUCUUGUGUGCCCAUCCCAAAUUUGGAUUUAGCGAUUUCAAUCACAUUUAUUCGAACAUCGGUUAUGUUUUAAUAGGGAUAAUGUUUUUGUUCGCCACUCUCCACAGGCACGUUAAAGUGCCCUUGAGAUUUGAAACUGGCAUUCCAGUACAUUACGGUCUGUUUUACUCGAUGGGAGUUGCCCUCAUCAUUGAAGGUUUAUUGUCAGCUUCGUAUCACAUCUGCCCAAGUCAAUCGAAUUACCAGUUCGAUACCAGUUUUAUGUACGUUAUGGCAGUUUUGUGUAUGGUGAAGCUGUACCAGAACCGACAUCCGGAUAUUAAUGCGUCGGCGUACGCCACUUUUUCCGUCCUAGGCAUAGCAAUAUUUUUGGCCAUGAUUGGAAUUUUGAACGGAAGUCUCUCUGUUUGGAUCAUGUUUGCGGUCGCUUACUCUCUUCUGUGCGUUUACAUAUCUUUUAAGAUAUACUAUUUAAGUUUCAUCUUCGACGGAUUUAAAAAAUUAAAGGAAGACAUAAUGAACAACGGUCUCACGGCUGAAACGUUUGCGCCGGUAAAAAAAGUGAGAUUCGUCUUGCUAACGCUGGUUAAUCUGUUGAAUUACGGCAUUUUGAUCGCCGGAAUUUUGAUGUGGGGCCGGGGGCUCACGGACUUCGGCACGUUCUUGCUGGGUUUGCUGAUGGGCAAUUCCAUAAUCCACGCCAUUUUCUACACCUCAAUGAAGCUGGUCAACCGUGAGAGAAUAUGUUUCGAAGCUUGCAUCUAUGGCGUUCUUGCCGUGGCCUCCUGGGCCGCCGCCACCGUGUUCUUCCUCGAUGCCGCCACUUUGUGGACGGUUACGGCUGCUGAAUCUAGAGAAUGGAACCAGGGUUGCAUUUUGAUGAAUUUUUACGACAAGCACGAUGUUUGGCAUUUACUCAGCGCCCCCGCCUUGUUCUUUACCUUCAUGUAUUUGUUGUGCCUCGACGAUGAUCUAAUCAACACAAAACAUAGCGAUAUUGAAGUAUUUUAAUAUUUUUGUAUAAUUAUUUAUUUCUGCUGAAUACAUUUUUAUAG